CUCUAAUCAAACGCACUUGUGGUAAGGUAGGGUACACUCCAAGCGUGUGUGUUCAUGUGAUUCUUCUUCACUAUAUAUUAUUAUUCGUCAUCUCUUUUUAUAUCCAUAUAUAUAAAUAAAUAUGAACACAACAAAUUGAACUUCGUUCUUACCUCCUCCAUUACCCUCGAAACCAAAACAAGAAACAACUAAAGAAUUAAAAUGGCAUCAUCAUCUUCUUCUUCUUCUUCAUCAUCAUCAGCAGCUGCAGCACAACAUGCUCCUCUUCUGCAGGGUCUAACACCAGAGGAACACGCAGAACUUGCACAAAUCAUCAACACAUACCACAAGUUCGACCCUUCUCCGAACACCUGCAGCUCCAUUAUAACGCAGCGGAUCGACGCACCAGCGCAGAGGGUGUGGCCACUCGUUCGAAGCUUCGAGAACCCUCAGAAGUACAAGCACUUCAUCAAGAGCUGCAACAUGAUGAAGGGAGACGGCGGCGUCGGCAGCGUCCGCGAGGUCACCGUUGUUUCAGGCCUUCCGGCAUCCACGAGCACCGAGAGGCUGGAGAUUCUAGACGACGAGAAGCACCUUCUGAGCUUCCGCGUGGUCGGCGGCGAGCACCGUCUUCAAAACUAUCGAUCAGUGACUUCGGUGAAUGAGUUCAAGGAGAAGAAUGAUGAGAAGGUUUACACGAUAGUGUUGGAGUCUUAUGUGGUGGACAUACCCGAAGGGAACACUGGUGAGGAUACUAAGAUGUUUGUGGACACUGUGGUGAAGCUCAAUCUUCAGAAGCUUGGGGUGGUAGCCACUUCUACUACACUGCAUGCACAUCAAUGAUUCUUAAUCGCGUGAAAACUUAGAUACAAUCAACUUCACUUAAAAUUAAUAACCGAAAGUUAUUAUAUGAAAAUUUAAUAAAAUAAAUUAAAUCAUCUAACAGCUCUCACGUAUUAAUUUUAAGUGAAGUCAACUUAAAUUUUUACAUUUUAAAUUAUUAUUAGGAUCGAAGAGUAUUAGACUCAUAUAUAUCAUCUUUCUUUUAUCUU